GCCGGGAAGUUAUUGCCACUACCAAAAUCGUCUCCCAGCCGCAACCACUUCACCGGCGAUGGGAUCAGCUCCGGCGGACGGCGAGAAGCCCUCGGGCCACCUCGCCCAGCCUCUCCUCGGGCAGCCCCAGCCCCAGCCCCCGCACCCGUACUACGCCUACCCCGCCGCCGCCUACGGCUACGCCCCCGGUCCUCCUCCGCCUCCGCCUCCCCCGACGCUCGUCCUCCUCAACCCGCCCCCCAUCUUCGUCCGCCUCCGCCGCCUCCGCCCGCGGCGCAUCCCCUGCAUCCGGCGCUUCUCCGCCCGCACGCUCCCGCUCCUCCUCGCCCUCGCGCUCCUCGCCGGCCUCGCUUUCCUCCUCUACCCGUCCGCCCCCGCCGCCCGCGUCGCCGACAUCCGCCUCGACCGCUUCCGCGUCAACCCGCCGCCCUUCCCCGCGCUGGACUUCAACCUCGCGCUCAGCCUCCGCGUCCGCAAUCCCGGCUUCCUCCUCCCUCUCCGCUACCGCGCCGUCUCUGCCGCCGUCUCGUACCGCGGCCGUCUGCUCGGCUCAGGCACUGCGCGCCCCGGAUCCGGCGAGCUCGCGGCGAGAGGGUUUACCUAUGCCUCUUCUGAGGUGUGGGUGGACGCUGGCAGGGUAUUGGACGACGUGAUCGAGCUGAUUGGGGACAUCGCCGCUGGGUCUGUGCCGCUGGAGAUAGUUACCGAGGUGGUCGGCGCGGUCAGGCUGUUCCAUUUCAACAUCCCCGUGAAGGGCCUGAUGUCCUGCUCGGUGAAUGUCAGCCCAGGCACCCAGAGUAUCAUAAGUCAGGAUUGUUACUAAGGUAAAGCUCUGUUGUCCCACAGAGGCUAGAGGGCUCCAUUGUUAUUGUUACUGUUGUUGUUGUGAACAAUUCAUGUGUGUAUCAGCUAUGAUUGAGUUGCAGAGCUGGGUCAGUAUAACUGCCAAAAUACAUGUUUGUAAAUAGUUGGAAUUUUUAUUGUACCACCAAAGACCACCGGGUGUAUAUAUAACUUGUUAUUCAAGUGUGCUAUAAUUUUUUUGCCCUUGUCAA